AUGGAGAAGGCUGUCCACUCAUCGACGACGUCUGGACCGGCGAUUCCAGGGGAGGCAACGAAAACGGGCACCUCCAUAAUCGACACCGCUGCCUCCGCCGUCCAAAGUUUCGCUCCGGUUAACCAAAUCCACCAACACCUCUGCGCGUACGUAAACCCGAUCUUUAUCAAUUCCACCUUUUCCUCUUGUAUUAUCUGUGCUUCUCCAUUCUCAGUUUGCAAGUUGAGAGAAAUAUAUGAUUGCGUGUACAUGUUCUUUCUAAGUUGUCUCUGUUCGGAGUUACCUUGGAUCUAA